CAGAGAAGACGGAGGUUGUGGAAAGCUUUGGCCAUGAACUUGAUGGGAUCCGUAGUGGGCACGGCAACCGCCGGCCCCCUUGCUGGAGGGGAAGCCAACCGGUGUGACGUUUAAAAGUCGUGAGCAAGACAUAGACACUGACGAACAGGUGUGCAUGGAUUGCGAUCUGCCUCGUUGGAGGGACCAUCCACAUCGAUGAGACCGCAAGCCCUUUGGAGUGGACAAACUCAUACUCCAGACUCAUAAGUUCCAGAUUUUGAGGUCAUGGCGGGGAGGAAUCAAACUCGCAAUUUUCAGUUUCCAAUGACUCAAUCUGUGGUGAGCAACCAAAUAUAUUCAUUUGGAAAUAAUACAGAAACUGAUAUCUUUGAAGAGGAUGCUGAAGUGUAUGAACUUCGACCAAGAGGAAGAGAAAAAGUCAGAAGAAGUACAUCAAGAGAUAGACUGGAUGAUAUCGUAUUAAUAACAAAAGAUAUACAGGAAGGUGAUACUUUAAAUGCAAUAGCCCUUCAGUAUUGUUGUUCAGUAGCAGAUAUCAAGAGGGUUAAUAAUCUCAUCAGCGAUCAAGACUUUUUUGCACUUAGAUCUGUUAAAAUUCCAGUAAAAAGAUUUAGUGUAUUGACUGAAACACAUUAUUCUCCCAAAGGAAGACAGAAUUCCCGUCCUUCAGCUGCCCAGUGUACUCCAGAACUGCAAGAGAUAUUUCCUAAUUCUGAUCUUCUGGUUUCAAAUGAGACUGCUGGGAAUUUCUUAAAAGAAGUGGACAAAGACAUAGAACAAAUAGUAAAAUGUACAGACACAAAGAGAGAGAACCUCGAUGAAGUGGUUUCUGCCUUAGCAAAACAAGAACUGUGUUUUGAACCUGACAAUAAAAGCAUUAGACGUAAGGAUCCCUAUUAUGGAGCAGACUGGGGAAUAGGUUGGUGGACAGCUGUGGUGAUAAUGUUAAUAGUAGGCAUAAUAACGCCAGUAUUUUAUUUACUGUAUUAUGAAGUUUUAGUUAAAGUAGAUGUUAGUCAUCAUUCCACAGUGGAUUCCUCACAUCUGCAUUCAGGAGUCACAGCUCCAUCACAACAGAGAGAAAUAGAGAAUGGAAUAAUUCCAACAAAAGGAACAAAUGUGGGACAACAAGAUGAUUAUAAACGUCAUAAACAGAAUUCUCAAUUACCUUCUACACGGCAUAUCACAUAGCAUUCAGUUCUAGAUUAUAAUAUUUAUAAGUAUAAAUGUAUCUGGAAUGCAGAGAAUCAAUUAUAUUCUUUAUUUACCACUCAUGGGCAGUAUUUUGGUUUAUUGAAAAUACUUUUAUUUCUUCCAGAGACUUUUUGUUUUGAGCCAUUUGCAAGUCAAUUCUGUAUGAACAUUAAGCUUUCUACCUGUCCUAUUUUUGAAUGGUUUAAGUUAAGUCUGUUGUGGCACAGCAAAAAUGAAUUUUUAGUACACACAUAGAAAUUUCUUUAGAAAAUGUUGCACCCACUUAUUUAAACAUAGUCUUGAAGUUUUGUUUUGUUUUUGUUUAUUUUUUUCAGUAAUUUUUUAAAGGUAUUGAUGUUAAAAGUUGUUAAGCAAUAUGAAUGGUAGCAUUAGAUGUAUGCAAUUGAAGAAAAUCCAUUUAUUACUAUCUGAUAAGCAUAUUAUCUCUUAGCUAAAAAUGUUUGGUUGAGCAACAGUUUGAUUCUAAAAGUAUUUGUGAUAGCACAGUGUGAACAUGAUGCUACCCAUUUGAAUCUGUUGAUCGGUUUUUAUAUGAUUUAUAAUAUGAUGUGGCAGAAAAACAAGUAAAAUCAAAUCAAAAGAAACAAUCAGGAAGAUUGAAUUUUGACAAGAGGAGCUAGAAUUUCAAAUUGAUAUAAAAAAUCUAGGAAUUAUAUAGGGAAGUAGCAUCAUUGAAUAAUUAGAAUAUUGGAGUGAAUCAAAGUAAUUUAUGCUUAAUCUGUUUCUUAAUUCUUUGUACGUGUCUUUUAACUUUUAUGCCCAUUUUGUUUUCAGUAAAAUAAGUAUACUGGACCUAUGUACUUUUGUAAUUCUUUGAAGAAAAGUGCUAGACCUGUACACUUACAUUAUUUGGGGAAAAAUUCUUAAUACCCUAUGAUGAACUGUUGCACUUCCAUACAUGCCUUAAUUAAAUCAAAUGCCUUAAUUUAAUGUUAUAAAAGUUAAUAUACUUUUUAGAAUCAAACUUAUAUCCUAGUCUUCCCUUUCAAUAGAAUUAAUGCCUGUGAUGUGUAUGUGGUAUGAACUGAUCUUAGUUUCAUUUAAUCAAGCACAAUUUCAUGGGCAACACAUAUGUGACUUGUCUUUUUUGUAUAAUGUGAGUUACCAAAAAUGGCUCACUAAGAAAAAAUUUAAGUGGUCAUUUGGAUUGGUUGGCAAAAUAGAUACAGCUCUGAUUUUUCGACUUCUUAUCCUAUUUUCCAUAGGGAUGAUUAUUUAAAAUAGAAAAUGAGUGACAAAAGAAUUGUUAUCUUAUGAAUGCUAAUGGAGAGAAAUUGGCAAAAAAAAAAAUAUAAAAAAUAUAUAUCUCUUCUGAGGGACAUCAGAGCAGGAUACCUAUCAUGCCUUAAGUUCAUAGUAAUCUGGCUAAAUAAGCAUUUGCCUACUGGUUAAUUUUAUAUGUAUUCACACACAUAUAUACAUACAUUCAUACAUACAAAAAAAAAGUGGUGCUGCUGUAGAACAUAGGAUUAAUGGAAUAUGAGUUGUCUUAAAUGUGUAACUAAAAUUUUUUUGUGUGUUUUUUAGGUAUAUGAUACUGCCUCAUUUUCUGGGCAUUAUUUCCUAGUGUCAGAUGUUUGAAAUUCAGAUACAAUCAUUUUGUAUCUAAGCCCUAUCCAGUGAAUAGUUGUGACAGAUCAGUAAUCUAGGCUCUUGAUAAAAAUGGAAGGAAAAAAACACUGAGCCCUUUCAUUAUAUUACUUACCAGAAAGUGUUAUUGGUAAAUACAUGUCUCUACUCAUUCAUAUAAAAAAACAGCUUGAAAAAUGAGCAACAUUCGUGAAGAUACCUAAAUUAUGUGUGAAUGUGUUUUCUCCAAAAAAAAAAGCUUAAAUUUUCUGUGCUAUAUUGCAUAGAGAAAUGGAAUCUUUUUCUAGUCCUUAGUGUUAACUUUAGCUUACAUGUUCUACACUUUUUACCAAGUAUACUAAAAAAUAUAAGAGGAAUAAAAAUUACAAAAAAGCAAAAGUCAAUUAGGUGAAAAUUUUAUAGUGUAAUUCAGAUUGGUAAGCUAAAGAAUAUCAUUGAUUGUCGUCUACUGGUGCUAGUUUGAAAUUAUUAUAGUGGUCUGAUAAGUAAAUAGGUAAAUAAAAAUACAUUGCUUUUAUUUAAACAAAUGAAAUUUGCCUAGAUGUAGGAACCACUUCUGCUCUAUAGAAUGUCACUUGGUGAUAAAUAUGAAUAUGAAAUAUAUUCUCUUUAAUUGCUGAGCAAUUCCCCUCCUUUAUCUAUUAUAUGGUUCUAGAAUUACAAAUUUGAAUCUUUAACUGCAACAUCCAAAAGAGAAUAUGGUUAAAUGUGGCAAAGAAGUACAAUUUUAGUAGGUAAUAAGUACAAAAAUAAAUUUUCAGUUAAUGUACUGUUGAACAUCAUGACAAUGGUGUGUGAAAGUUGUUCUAUAAUUUCCCAGGGAGGACAUAUUUUUGUUUUCUAAUUGUAGGCUUUGAAAAUGGGCUUAAGGUUAAAUGUAUAUUGGACUCUUAUCCUGAUAAGUGUUCAGAUCUAACUGGCAUACUUUAUAUUAGCAUGUAUCAAACUGGCAAAAAUAUAAUUGGAAAAAUAAUCUUGCUUCCUUUGGAAAUGUUUGGUUAUAAAUAAAAAUUUUUUGUGUGUUCAAAGAUGUAAUUGCAGUUUUAACACCUCCAGGAUAAAACAUGGACCUCAUUCUUUUUAAAACAUCUACUUUCAAAGAUUAUCUAUUAGUAAAUUAUAAACUCUGUCUUCCAUAUGAAUAAGAUAAGUUCAUUUUCAUUAUUAAUUUCUCAUUUUUAGAAUCUGAUUAAGGCAGAUUCUGGAGUUUUAAAAUAAUGAUGAUUUAGUUUUUUUACUAUUUCUGAAAGUUGGGACUUAAAAUAAUUGGGAAAUUAAAUGAAGCAAGUAAGUGAGAAUUUUGCAAAUGAAAAAAGACUACAGUAUAAAUAAGUGUUAAAAGUGUGAAGUUAAGAGUUAAAGAAAAUGUAUUUAAAUGGUGCACUAUGUUGAGAAUCAUGCUGUGUUUUGACUUGGAACACUUGCUCAGGAAAUUGGUAUUUUUCUCCCACGUAUGUGCAUAUUGCACUGUUAAAUUUUAAAUAGAAAUACCUGAAUGCUUUAAGUAUUUUUAUACACACUAAUGCUGUAAAUCUCAUAAAAAUAUAUUUUAUACAAAUGCAGAAUGUAAUAAUUGUAGAAUCAUGUAUUAGUAUGUAAGUCUUUAAAAUGGUGGCUUUACAAUUUUUGCCACUUAAACUUUUCAUAUCCUAAGAUGUCUGAGUGUAAACCAUAAUAAAGUUUCUAUUUUAUUAUCCAA